GUCACCACGCCCUUCGGCGCCAAGCUGUGUCGUCACCGUAUGGGCGGGACUUCCUCUCCCGGCCAUGCUGUUUCCGACGUCGUCCGGAAGUCGGGUGCUGGUCCCGUUAGUAGCUGGCCGUUUGGUCGCCUCACAUCGCGCGGGUCCCUGCUCUUCCUCCUUAGGCGACCCCCGGGCAUCACCGCCGGCCCCCGACGAAGUGCACGUCGGGGAUCCCGUUGCCCUCGGCUCUCGUCUUCGGCUUGGCUCCCGCUCUGCUUCCCUGCCGAGCUUACCUGCUCCGCACGGGGCCGUGUGCCGGCUGCCCAUGGCGGGGGCUGCUCCGACCACGGCCUUUGGGCAGGCGGUUAUCGGCCCUCCGGGCUCGGGGAAGACGACGUACUGCCUGGGCAUGAGUGAGUUCCUGCGCGCGCUGGGCCGGCGUGUGGCGGUGGUGAACCUGGACCCGGCCAAUGAGGGGCUGCCGUACGAGUGCGCCGUGGACGUGGGCGAGCUGGUGGGGCUAGGCGACGUGAUGGACGCGUUGCAGCUGGGGCCCAACGGCGGCCUGCUGUACUGCAUGGAGUACCUGGAGGCCAACCUGGACUGGUUGCGUGCCAAGCUCGACCCCCUCCGCGGCCACUACUUCCUCUUCGACUGCCCUGGCCAAGUGGAGCUCUGCACGCACCACGGAGCCCUGCGCAGCAUCUUCUCCCACAUGGCGCAGUGGGACCUCAGGCUGACUGCUGUCCACCUGGUGGAUUCUCACUAUUGCACAGACCCUGCCAAGUUCAUUUCGGUGCUGUGUACCUCCCUGGCCACCAUGCUGCAUGUGGAGCUGCCCCAUGUCAACCUUCUCUCCAAGAUGGACCUCAUUGAACACUAUGGGAAGCUGGCCUUCAACCUGGACUACUACACAGAGGUCCUGGACCUCUCCUACCUGCUUGACCACCUGGCUUCUGAUCCUUUCUUCCGCCACUACCGUCAGCUCAAUGAGAAACUGGUGCAGCUCAUCGAAGACUACAGCCUGGUCUCCUUCAUCCCUCUCAACAUCCAGGACAAGGAAAGUAUCCAGAGGGUCCUGCAGGCUGUGGAUAAAGCCAAUGGCUACUGCUUUGGGGUCCAGGAGCAGCGGAGCCUGGAGGCCGUGAUGUCUGCCGCGAUGGGAGCUGACUUCCACUUCUCCUCCACCCUGGGCCUGCAGGAGAAGUACCUGGCGCCCUCAGAGCAGUCAGUGGAGCAGGAGGCCAUGCAGCUAUAGCAACAAGCUGAGCUGUGGAGAACAAGACACACAACCCAGCGCUGGGGAGAGUGGCGGCUCCCAGCGAGCAGCGGACAGCUCAGUGGCUGCAGAUCCCGGGGCAGCCCUCCCAGCCAGAGCUGGGAGACUGGCGAGGGGAUACUCAGCCUUGCGGAGUACUUCUGGCCAAAAGCCACACAUAGCCAAGCAGAGCACCAAUCAGCCUCAUGAACUCUGGGUGCUGCCACCAGGGAUUCAGCACUGGUCCCACUCGGGCUGUGAUGGAAUGUGCUACAAUGCAAGAGUUUAUCUUCUACUUUUUGUGGCUUCCAAACUUUCUUCAACCAUCCAGGCCGAGUGAGUUGGGAAUAUGGGAACAUCACCUUUCCUCAGAAGAGCCCUGUUUCUUCAUACUAUAGGGCCGUGUUUCCCCCAAAGCACGGGAUCAUACUAGAGGGUUGACUCUCGGUCCUCAGUUAUGCUCUUUGGUUAAUCUUCAGUUUUAACAGUGAACCUCAAACUUGAGGUCUCACAGACAGCACUUCCUAGCAGAUCUUGUAAUGUUUUAUUUUCAUUGUAUUUAUGUCACGGUUUUAUUGUUAUUUGACGUUAAGUGUUAACUAGUUUUCCGUUUAUAGUAGUGAUUAAAAGUUGACUUUAAAAUGAAA